AUGAUUAAACUCCCCUCACCUGUCAACAUAAACCUGACCUCAAGCCAUUUCAAACACGAGUUGAGAUGGGAGCCUGGACCAGGGACACCCACAGGAGUCUACUACCAAGUCGCUGUAAUGACAGACAAGGGGACUAUCUGGGUGCCAGUUUCCGGCUGCCAGCAUGUCCAGUCCCCUCUGGUGUGCAACCUGACAGAGGCCUUCCCCGUCCGGGAUCAGCUGUACUUCACCAGCAUCUCAGCACUGUUGGACUCACAGCCAGGAAAAGUCACCGUUGUCAUACACCCUGGAUUUGAGCCCAUCAAAAACACUGCCCUGGACCUGCCCCUGCUGACUGUGACGCCCUGUGGCCAGGAUCUGUGUGUGGACCCCCGGCCCCCCGUGGAGCACCUCAGGGCCUUCUAUGAUAAUCUGCAUUACCAACUCAGGAUCCAGAGCAACAAUGCAAACAACGCACAGUCAUUUAUGGACAGCCGGUCUCUGGAACGAGUGAUUCUGAAGAAUCUGGCCUCUGGCAGACAAUACUGUGUGUCAGUCCGUAUCUCUCACGUUUGGGAGCGCAGGAAGUCCAACUACAGCCAGCCUGUGUGUGCUUUCACCCCCGCCCACUACACUGCAGGUACAGCUCUCUGUGUUCGGGUGCACAGCCCCACUAUUCUGUUCUCCAUGUAUCACAACAUGUUAUUGUUCUACAGUGGGAUUAUUUUCCAAAGUCCUUAUGACUGCUGCUUCAUAUGUUCUCUGUCCCCAUGGCGUCCACAUCAAUAAAGAGUUGUUAGAAAAGCUUUCUCUGACUA